AUGGCGUCUUCUCUCUUCGGGCGGCGGGAUGCCAGCUUCUACCGGUCCUUCUCAAACAAGCCAAUCACAGAAAGGCAUACAGCAGCAUACCUCCUUGGCCAAUCACAGGCGAGCUUCGUGGCCCUCAAGGAUGGCCUCCAAGAUGAGCCGCCCGGGGGUUGCCUUGGUGAUGGAGCGGGUGGCUCACGCCUCAUGCCUCUCGGCUACUCCGCUCUCCUCGCUUCUGUCUCCCUCAAUCUUUUACAGUGCGGGGUGUACCUGCAGGUGCCGUACAGUCCCCUGGGCGCCCAGGCGCUGAAGGUGGCCUCCUGGACGCCCCAGCGAGGCCUCGCUCUCACCUCCAGCCUCCCGCUCUUCCCAGACAAGUUCUCAAAAUUCAUUCAGCGGCCGACCCUGACGCUGGCCGCAGAGAUAAACGCGCUGAUUACUGUGGUUAACCCCAAGGAAGAUGAGGCUGGUGAGAAAGUGAUGUUACAGUUUGCAGGACCAGCAGCGGACCUGGUAUCCUACCUCGCUAAGGGUCUCAACUUCUCAUACAAAUACAUGAGGCCUCCUGAUGGAUCUUCGGGCAGUAAGCGUGAGGAUGGGAGCUGGUCAGGCAUGGUGGGGAUGGUCAUCAGGCAGGAAAUAGAUGUAGCGGUCGGCCCCUUCGGCGUAAGUGCAGUCCGAGCUGAGGUGGUGGACUUCACAGUGCCAAUAUUAACUGACUACGGUAGGAUUCUUGGGGCUCGAGGCCGGCCGGAGGUGGACCCGUGGGGCUUCCUGUUCCCUCUGGAGCCGCUGGUGUGGGCGGCCAUCCUGGGGGCGCUGCUGGUACUGCCCCUGACGACCCUGCUCAUGGCCUCGUGCUUCUCACCCAACACCCACGGACACAACUAUAUCGUACCGCCCACAUCCGCCUUCCUCCGCAUUUUGUUGUAUCAGUGCACACCUUUUGUUACAUGGACUGCAGUGAUAAAGAUAGGGUGCAGUGAAAAUGGUUACAGUGAUAUAGGAGGAUAUGGUGCGAAUGUUUUGGACUCUGGUGCAUACUGGUGGUGGGAGCGGGUGGUGUUGACAGUGUGGGGGCUGGUGACGGUGGUGUUGACGCAGAGCUACGCCGGCAACCUCAUGGCUCUCCUGGCUGUCAGACACAUCCCUCAACCCUACCAGUCUCUCCGGGACGUGUUGGAUGACCGCUCCGUCACCACUGUGUGGGAGCAAGGCUCCUCUAAUGUACAAUUUGUACGAGAAGCUGAGUUUGGAAUAUACCGUGAGAUUGCUGGCCUGAAGGAGAAAGGUCGCCUCAUAUACAAACCUCGCCCAAAGUUCACAGAGAUUAUAGACACCUUAGUGAGGAGGGGAGACCACAUCCUCAUGGAUAUUGACUUCAGUUUGAAGAUUUACAUGUCUGAAGAUUUCACCGAAUCAGGACAGUGUUCCUUCUACAAGUCAAAAGAGGAGUUCAUGCCACUGAUGUUUGCCUUGGUGAGCGAGAAGGGAAGUCCACUUGUAUCACCACUUAAUGACAGGAUCCUGGGAAUGACAGAGGCGGGACUGUUCAAGUACUGGAUGAGGGCCGCCCAGCCCAACUCCACUGUGUGCUCCCAGGCGCCCACCACCAUCACCGUCCAGGAGUCACUUUCUCUUAACAACGUGAUGGGAAUGUUUGUCCUCCUCGCUGGUGGUCACUCUAUCAGUGUUCUGGUGUUGUGUCUUGAGCUUGUGGCCGGCAGCACUCAACACUGA